AUGGCUCGUUCAGUGAUUCUUCUGAUCCCCAUUUGUCUUGCUUUUUUUCCAUGGUCAUGCUUAGCUCAACAACAACCAUGCGCAACCUACAAAUUUUCAAACAACAAACAGUUUUCUUCUUGCAGUGAUUUGCCUGUUUUGAGUUCUUCUCUACACUGGAACUACCAUCCAUCAUCCAACAGAGUUGAUGUUGCCUUCAGGCAUACUGGUGUAACCGACCGCAGAUGGAUUGCUUGGGCUAUCAAUCCGACUUCAGGAGGGAUGAUAGGUUCGCAAGCCAUCGUUUCUUUUCCAAGAACUGAUGGAAAUCUUGCAGUUUAUACCUCGCCGAUAACAAGUUACAGAACGCGAUUGGAACAAGGAAAUCUUAGCUUUCCUGUCUUCGAUGUAUCUGCUACAAAUCAGAACAAUGAGAUGAUAAUCUACGCCAGUCUACAGCUCCAUGGAAACAUUAGUACAGUCAAUCAUCUCUGGCAAGUAGGUCCAAUGUCUGGAAACACUCCAAUGAUGCAUAGCGUUGCUCCAUCCAGUCCUAAUGUUAGAUCCAUGGGGAGUUUGGAUUUCCUUUCGGGGAGGAUUACUUCUACAAGAAGUUCUCCAAGCACACUGAAAAUCGUCCAUGGAAUAUUGAACACAGUAAGCUGGGGUAUUCUAAUGCCUAUCGGUGCCAUCAUUGCAAGGUACAUGAAAAGGUUCGAAUCUGCAAACCCUUUGUGGUUCUACUUGCAUGUCAGUUGUCAAAUGCUGGCUUGUAUUCUUGGUGUUCUUCCUGGAUUUGUGACUGGGAUUGUUCUUGGCUUGAGGUCCCAAGGAAUCGAACAUACCUGUCACAAAAUCAUCGGCAUUGUCCUAUUCUGUCUUGCAAUGGUACAGGUGUUGGCUGGCUUGUUCAGACCUAACAAAGACAGCAAGUAUCGGCCUUUCUUCAAGUGGUUCCACUGCUUGGUGGGUUUUUCAACACUUAUCCUAAGCGCAUCCAACAUAUUUGUAGGAUUUGGCAUAUUACGCACUGCAAACUUUUGGAGGAAUGCCUACAUUGCUGUAUUAGGGGUCUUGGGGUUCAUCGUGCUGCUAUUGGAAUUAUACUUUUGGUACAUUAAUCGGAUUAAAGGUCGGAAGUCAGAUACCUCGGACAAGAGCAAGUCCACCGGCAUUGCAUCAGAUACCUCGGACAAGAACAACUCCACUGGCAUUGCAUUAGCAGCAUUGGAAGAGGUUUAG